CGCCACUGGCUCUCUUCUCCUCAUCUGAGUUUCUAGAGCUUGAGAGAGUCCGGUCUUCGGCUCUCUGCUGUUACAGCCACGAUGGCCUCUUACACGGCUUACACUGGCUACAGCAAGCCUCCUCAAUCUUACCCGGGCUCUUUCUACGACGAGAAGCAGGCCAAGACGUAUGCCGAUUAUCAGGAUUCCCUGUACGAGGAAAAAAAGAGAAAUGAGAAGAAAGACCGCCGGGACGCCAUCUGCUGCGAGGUGGUGGCCCUCAUCAUCGGUUUCAUUGGACUAAUCGGGGUGGCAGCCGUGACCGGCCUGCCGAUGUGGAAGGUGACGGCUUUCAUUGAGGAGAAUAUCAUCACCAUGGAGACCCGCUGGGAGGGUCUGUGGAUGAACUGCUACAGACAGGCCAACAUCAGAAUGCAGUGCAAGGUGUACGACUCCCUGCUGUUUCUGCCCCCAGACCUUCAGGCUGCCAGGGGUCUGAUGUGCAGCUCUGUGGCCGUGGCCACAAUCGCUCUUGUCGUUUCGGCGGUGGGAAUGAAGUGCACCAAAGUGGUGGACCAUCGGGCUCGCACCAAGCACAUUGUUCUCGUCAGCGGCGGCUGUCUGUUCCUGUUGGCCUGUCUCACUACCAUCAUCCCCGUGUCCUGGACCGCCCACGUCAUCAUCAGGGACUUCUACAACCCUCUGCUGAUCGACGCCCAACGCAGGGAGCUCGGGGAGGCUCUCUACAUCGGCUGGGUGACCUCAGCCUUGCUUUUCACUGCCGGAGUGAUCCUGCUGUGCCGCCACGCUCCCCGCACCCAGGAUCCAGAGGAGAAGAUUGUAUACAACCCUGACGGAAAUCGGUACCCACCUGCAUACACGUACCAGCCAUACACGUACCAGCCAUACACGUACCAGCCGGCGUAUACCUACCAGCCUCCCUACUCAUUACCCCCGCCGGGGUCAGUAGCUUACACACCGAGCCAGUACUAGCCAUGGAAAUCUUAAACAGAGACUAUUUUGGACUCUUUUUCUUAUUUUACCUUCCAAGAUUUGGCUCGUUUGAAUGAGUUUGAAGUGACUAAUAUGCCCAAAGGGGGUCACUGGAAAUGGCCAUAUUUCCAUUACAUUCUCAGAGGUGGCCAAGUGUUUUCCCAAAUAAAAUUCAUUAUGGAACUGAUAUUGUUCUGAUCAUGAUAAAAUCUGCUAAUAAUGCUUGUUUGUUUCCAUAUGCUUAGAUGGAUCAUCCAGAUGUAUUUAUAAUCUGUAUUCAUACGAUAGUUGACAAAAGUUGACCUGAAGUUUCUGAUGUGAAUGUACAUCUUCCUCUUGAAAAUUUGGGCCUAAACGCACAAAGGUCAAUUGUGGUUUCCAAUAAAAGGGCAAUGUUGACAAAAAGAUA